GGCCUUCCUAUUAUAUUUUUCCCUUGUCGGAGAAGUGUUGAGACAUUAGAGGAAGAUGAAUAACGUACCCAGUGUGAAAUCUACCGGCGCUCCACGGCUGCAGUUGUUCAACUGUACCUACUAUGACUGUGGUGCCACUUUCACACGGCAGUGGAGACUGAGAGAACAUGAGACGGUGCACACUGGGGCGCGCCCACAGCAGUGUAAGUUUCCUGGCUGCGGUCGUCGUUUCUCGAGAAAAUCCCACCUGAGCCGCCACGCCCUUCAGCACACCGGAAUCAAGAAAUUCAAGUGCACCACUGUGAGCUGCACCAAGAGUUUCGUCAAUGCGGACAAGUUGAAGCGACAUGUGCGUUGUGUCCACGGCGAGAGGAGCAAGUAUUUCAAGUGCAACCAGCCAAAGUGCUCCCAGACCUUCAAGAAGCGUCGAUUGUUUAAAUUGCACUUGAGGCAGCAUGGAGUGUCUUCCACUUUCAAAUGCUCAAAGGAUGGAUGCGGUGCCACGUUCGACUCUCGUAUUGCUCGCAAAGCCCAUGAGAAAAAGCACGCAGGAUACCGCUGCCCUCAUGCCAACUGCCAGGUGCUUGAACAUACCUGGGGCAAACUUCAAAAGCACAUGGCAAAACACCCAGCCACCUUCACUUGCAAGGUGUGUAACAAGGUGUUCAAAAAAAUGGACUCCCUGCGCAGACACAAGAGGACCCACGCCUCACGUAAGCCUGUGCUGCUUUGCCCCAGAACUGACUGCCAGGCCUACUUUUCUACAACCUUCAAUCUACAGCACCACAUCCGCAAGGUGCACCUCCAGCUCCUCAAGCACAGCUGCCCGUACCCCGAGUGCACACGCACAUUUGCUAUGCGGGAGAGUAUGAGCAGACACCUGAAGACACACCUGCUUCCCUUUGACCCAGCAAUUGUCAGUUUGAAGAGGACCCGCUCCCGGUCCAGGAAAUCCUGGCAGAAGCGUCUCAAUGGGCACCACCUGCCGCUGGUGGAGGAGGACCUGCGUCGCCUCUUCGGCCUGCGCAUGCGAAUCUCCCGCCGUGCCAAGGUGGAGACCAACCUCGCAGGGCUCUUCAACGAACGCAAGAUUCCCCAUCAUGUUGACCCGGAGGUGAACCUGCGCAACCUGUUCAAUCUCAAACAGCCUCAGCUGGUGGAGGCCAAGCCUGAGGCCCCCCCAGUAAAAGCAUGAAUAAAAAAUGCAUGCAAACUGGUUCUGUAUAUUGCUUGAUUGUUUAGUUUGAACUGAAAUUGAAAUAUUUUCUGGUUUUGAAGGCUGGAUAUUUUUUGUUAGAUAAGGUCAAUGUUUUAGUUUAUAUAAGAAAAAAAGAUUUGGUCCCUGUUAAACUACUCAUUUAAGUGUUGCUGACCCUACAAGAGAAUAUUAAGUUCUGAAUUUUUUAAGUAAUUAUUUGCAUUGAUUAAAUUUUGUUAACUUUGGGAAUUUGAAAGGGACUUGCAGUUAAUAAGUUAUGGUUGUAAUUAAAAUGGUUUCUUUGUAAAAUGACAAUGGCUGACCAAAUAAAAUGUACUUGUGUUUAAAAAAAAAAAA